AUGACGGCCGUGGCGAAUCCUCCCUCCUUCCAGCAGAUCAAUCGCUCGGCAUGGAAUAUUAACGGCGGCCAAAACCUCAACUCGAUGAACUCCGACGACGUCAGAGGCAUGUUCAUGCCGCGGAAGCCCAUGCAGCGAAGCAACUCUUCCUCUUCCAUCUCUUCGACUUCCUCCGCCUCCUCCACCACCACCGUCGCCACCAACGGCUCGCAGUCGAAUGGAACGCCGUCGACCAACUCGGACAUGAGCUCGUGGUCAAGCACCGCAUCCCGCAAGCGUCCCCAGCCCAAGGCCCCCUGGCCGCCCGGCAAACCAGAAAACCCUGUCGAGCUCGGCAGGAUGCCGGCAGGCCGCGGCCCCAUGAACGGCCACACGAUCAACGGCAGCUCACUGCAGCAGAACCCCGGACAACCUCAGAUGGCACAGCAGCAGAGCCUGGGCGCACGUCCCCUCGGCGAGCCCAUGCCCUCCGGCCAGCCCGUGCUCUUCCUGCUCUCUCUCAACGGCACCUUUGAGCGCAAGACCAUUUCCGUGCCGUUCUACCCCGACAGCCUCCGUAUCGGUCGCCAGACGAACCAGAAGACGAUCCCGACGCCUGCGAAUGGCUUCUUCGACAGCAAAGUGCUGUCCAGGCAACACGCCGAGGUGUGGGCCGACCGUAUGGGCAAGAUCUUCAUCCGCGACGUCAAGUCGUCCAAUGGAACAUUUGUCAACGGCAGCCGCCUCUCCGCCGAGAACCGCGAGUCUGAGCCGCAUGAGCUGCAGACCCAGGAUCAUCUCGAGCUGGGUAUCGACAUUGUCAGCGAGGAUCAAAAGACGGUCGUCCAUCACAAGGUCGCUGCCAAGGUGGAACAUGCCGGUUUUGCCAACCCCUCCAGCAACGUCAUGGAGAUGAACUUUGGUGAUCUCGAUCCUGCAAACGGCGGCGCCAUGCUCGGACCCUCCCAAGGCGGUGGCAUGCAGCAAUACAGGGGACGGCAGGGCAGCAACGUCUCCAUGGCCAGCAACGGGAGGAUGAUGCCCGCCGGCGGUAUUGCAGGCCCCCAGAUGAAUGGUGCACCUGGUCGCGGGCCCUUCAUGUUGUCCUCUGUCACCUCGGAUCACAUCAUCAAGCGUCUUCACAACGAGAUGCGAAGCGCUCGCUUGCAGUCGCAAGACUUGGGCCGUACCGGGCAGUUCAUUGGUGCCCUUCUCUCAAAGGAAGACAUCAAGGACCUGGACAAGCCAGACGUGCCUGAACCCCCAAAGCUCAUGAUGAACGGCAACGGGCUGCCCUUUCGAGCCGACUCUAAGGCGAGAUUCUCGGAUCCUCCCGCUCCGCCGCCACAGCAGCCACUGCCCGAGAAGCCCGAUGUCCCCUCUCUGAAACGGGCCGCCACCGAACGACCCAAGUCGCACCCGACAAACUCGUCGCCCGUGCGUCCCGACAACAUGAGCCAAAUCAUCCAACUGACCGAGGCGCUCAACAACGCGAAGAAGGAAAUCGACACGCAGACAACCAGGAUGAAAGACUUGGAAGAAAUGUUGCAGAGGGAGCGUGAAGCGCGCGAACUGGCUGAAGACCUCGCGAGGAGACUAGAGGACACGGCCAUCACCAAAGAAGCGAACGGCGUGCCCAAGGAGGGUGGAUCAGAUCUGCUGGAGGAAGCGUUCGAGCCACCGCGCGAAGGUGCCGAGCCUGUCGACGUCGAUAUGCCCGACGCCGACGCCGUUGCCGAUGCUGACGACCAAUCCGACGCCAACCAACCGGAUGCGGCGCCGGUCGACAAGGUGGAAGAGGUCACCGUCCAGUUCCAGGCCAAGCUCGAUUCUAUGAUUUCGGAUAUGAACGACUUGAAGAUGCAAAUGGAGGCGUGGAAGCAGCGUUGCGAAAAGGCCGAAGCCGAGAGAGAUACGGAUCGCCAAACCCUAGCUGAAAUGGUUGUCAAGCUCCGUAAGGAAGAGGAGGCGCGACACGCUGCCGAACUCGCCAAGAGCCGGUCGCCCUCGAAGGGACGUGGUCGCAGCAGCAGCCGAGCACCCCGAGAACCGUCCAAGGGAUCUCUCGCGAAGGCAAACGGCGUGAGCAAAUCCAAUGUCGAGGAUCCCGCCGACAGGCCCACACUCUCGAGGGCGAACACGAUCACGCCGCUCACAGCGUCGACUGGAGCCCUGAUGCACAAGCGAGCAUUGGUCGACGGAGUGCCAUACACCUCGAUGCUCGGCGUGGUGCUGAUAGGCGUGGGCCUCAUGGCAUAUAUCAACGGCUGGCAGCCGCCCCCACGGCCCGCCCACUGA